UCAAUUAAAUAGUAUGAAUAAAUUAAUUGUGUUAUAGUAUUGGCACCAUAUAUGGAGACAGAAAAAGGCAAAUUAUUCAAACACCCACAUGAUAAUGAGAUGCCUCAUAGUUAUCCCAUAACUAAGAGGACUAAUGAAAGUAAUCAGCAGAACCUUUAGUUGGCCAAAUGUGUAGCAGUUUUACAAGUUCCAAAAAGAUCCAGCUGUGCAAUCACAUGCUGAUUUAAUUAGGCCAUUGCUUAUCUGGUCUCCUCCUAUGGUGUACUGCCUAUAAAUACCAACUCUCAAGCUUCAAUUCCAUCACAACUUUGAGAAAUUCCCUCAUCAGAAAGAAAACCGUAAGAAAUGGCUGCUCUAUCUUUAAAACCCAAUCAUGUUCGAUCAAUCAGUUUGCCCGGGAGAUUACACCCUAUCACCCAAAGAGUUGAAGAGGAGAUAAACAAGCUCAAAUCAUUAUCAGUUGCACCAACAGCAGACACUGUGUACAAUGGUCUACUCGGGCUGGAGAAAUUAUACAAGCGCAUAGAUGAUCUUUUCAACUUGCCACAAACCCUCUGCCAAAGUCUAGAUGCUGAAUGGAUUGAAGAUUUAUUGGACAAAUCCGUGAGGCUUCUUGAUGUUUGUGGCACUACAAGGGAACUUGUCUCACAAUAUAAAGAAAAUGUAAGAGAUCUUCAAUCAUCCCUCAGAAGGAGAAAAGGAGAUCCAACUACAGAUGACAGCGUUGCCAGAUUUACCUCUUUCAGCAAGAAGAUCAAGAGGGAUGCCAAAAGAUUAGCCUUGAACUUGAAACAAAUGGAUCAAGAGACUGCAGUAUCAGUCUUGCUAGAUGCAGAUGAAGAUACAAUAGAUGCAAUUAGAGCACUAAGAGAAGCUAAUGCAGUAUGCAUUUCAACUUUCCAAAUGCUCUUGUCCUUCCUGUCUGUACCACUUUUGAAGCCUAAGCAAUCAAAAUGGUCAUUGCUUUCAAGAUUGGUACAAAAAGACAGAAUAGCACCUGAAGUUCAAGAAGAAAACGCGAACUUAGAAACCAGGCUGGAAACCUUCGCGGCGUACCUUGACAGCUUUGAAAGUGCACUGGAAGCUACAUUUAGGUGCUUGAUUAGAUCUAGAAGCUCGCUCCUCAAUGUUCUUUCCUGCUAAUCUGGCAGUUGCUAUUCCAUACUCUGUAAAUUGUAUAUAAACGGUAUUGUAGUUAGAAAUAUAUAAACUUCAAGUGAAAGAUUAUACACCACUUAUUGCCUC